UUCCAGUAUAAACUUGGCAUUUGCUGACGACGCUGACUGUUUGAUUUACCUAGAGUAGAGAAUCUCAAAACUUGCAGCUGUGACGUAAUCAAUCAUGUGGCCGCCCAUCCACGCCCACUUUGGCUGGCAUUUAAGCCUGGCUCUCGUUGUUCUCCUGAUGAGCCUGCAAAUGGUAACGGUAUCGGGGAUCGAGUGCUAUGUGUGCGACACGAGCGAUACGGAGCAUCCGUUCCAGUGCGGAGAGUGGUUCGAGCGAUACGACAUACCGGACAUCCAGCCCCAAAAUUGCUCCAGUGUCCAUGGCGCCCAGUUCUGUGUGAAGCACGUGGGCCGUUUUGAGGGUGGAAUUGGGGCGAAGAGGUUCUGCAGCUCGAAGGACAUGGGCAACUAUUGUGACUAUGUGCGAAACAAGGGCGAUCGCAUGGACUACCGCAGCUGCAUUUACACUUGUGAUACGGACGGUUGCAAUGCGGCUGGACGGCUGGAACUGGAAUGGGGCGUGGCAGCGGCACUCCUCACUCUCACUUGGCUCUUACGGCACUGACAGCAUCGGCAUCGGGCGGAUAGAGAGAGAGCUGCAUCACUACUUUAAUUUUUUUUGUCGUUAAUUAUAAGUUGUAACAAAGUAACUGACACACAAAACAGACACUGUAGUAUAGGUAAAAACACAAACAAAAAACCAAAACCAAAAAUCAACAAAACCGAGAAAAUCACCAAUAUUUUGUUUUUCUGUUUGCUGGCAGCGGAUCGGCAACUGAGCGGGGAACGGUUGGCAGUGGAACAGCAGGUAAAUCAAUUACCUAUGAAAUUCGCUCUCUCGAUUUCUCUCUUUGAGCCACGCUUGCGCAAUUUGAGAGAGCGAACGUAAACGGUUUUUUAUUUUAUAGAAAGAAUCCAUGCAUACCCUACAAAAAAGCUUGAUUUAAUCCAAUUUGAAUAACACUUAAUAAAAAGGUUUCACUUUAAGGGAAAAUGAUAACACUCUUAAUUUUAUAAUAUAUAGACUGUAAUUUCUGGAAGUAGCAAUAAAAAAUAAAGCGCCAUUAAA